AUGGCAGUCCCGAUUAAGCGUGCGCUGGUGUCCGUCUUCAACAAGACGGGCCUGGAGGAUUUAGCGUCUGCCUUUCAACAGUACGGCACAACCGUGCUUUCGACGGGUGGCACUGCCAAGAAGCUGCGUGAGCUGGGCGUGACCGUCGUCGAUGUCUCUGAGGUGACCAACUUUCCCGAGAUGCUGGAUGGUCGCGUCAAGACGCUGCACCCCAAGAUCCAUGGCGGUCUGCUGGCCAACCGCGCCAUUCCCGACCACCUCAAGCAGCUUGAGGAGCAUCAAAUCGAGCCCAUUGACCUGGUCGUCUGCAACCUUUACCCUUUUGAGGAGACGGUGGCCUCGGGCAAGGACUUUGCCGGUUGCAUCGAAAUGAUUGACAUUGGUGGUCCCACCAUGGUCCGAGCGGCCGCUAAAAACUGUGACAGCGUUGCCGUCGUGACCAACCCCGAGCAGUAUCCUCGCCUGAUUGAGGAGAUGGCUGCCCACGACGGUGCCCUGACCCUUGAGACACGCCGUCGUUUGGCCCGCGACGCCUUUGUGGCAACCGCGCGCUACGACUCAGCUGUGGCCGCCUACAUGUCCGACAACACGGAAUCUCCCGCCUUCAGCAGCCGCCAUUACGUUCAAGAGGGUGCCCUGCGCUACGGCGUGAACCCUCAUCAGAACCCGGCCUCCUACAGCCGUCUGGCUGGCGGUGACUUUCCCUUCACCGUGCUCAACGGCGCUCCCGGCUACACCAACCUCAUGGAUGCUCUCAACAGCUGGCAGCUGGUGCGGGAGCUGGAGGCCGCUCUGGGUGUCCCUGCGGCAGCCUCAUUCAAGCAUGUGAGCCCUGCCGGUGCGGCCAUUGCCCGCCCUCUCACCGAGGCCGAGACCGAGGCUUUUGAGGUGGUUGGUGUUGAGCUCUCCGAACAGGCAUUGGCCUACGUGCGCGCCCGUAACGCCGACCCCAUGUCAAGCUUUGGUGACUUUGCUGCCCUCUCCGGCACUUGCGACGCCAGUACCGCCAAGAUCUUGCGCCGUGAGGUUGGUGAUGGUGUCAUUGCCGCCGAUUACACCCCUGAAGCUUUGGAAAUUCUCAAGCAAAAGAAGGGAGGCAAGUACCUGGUCCUCAAGGGCGACGUGAACUACGUGCCGCCCGUUGAUGAGGUCAAGGAGGUCUACGGUGUGGCGCUUACCCAGAAGCGCAAUGACGCCGUCAUUACCAAGGACCUCAUGACCAAGGAAAUUGUAACGUCGGAGCAGCUGCCUGAGGAUGCGCUGCGGGACAUGGUCCUCGCUACCAUUACUGUCAAGUACACCCAAUCCAACUCGGUCUGCUACGCCGUUGGUGGCCAGGUGGUGGGCGUGGGUGCCGGCCAACAAAGCCGCGUGGAUUGCGUCAAGCUUGCCGGUCGCAAGGUUGACACCUGGCACAUGCGCUUCCACCCCAAAGUUCGCGCUCUGAAGUUCAAGAAGGAGGGCGUCUCGCGUCCGGAGCGUGUCAACGCGCGCGUAGCCUACAUCAGCGACGACAUGACCGCCAAUGAGCGGGCGCAAUGGAUCAAGCUGUUCGAAGAGGAGCCCGAGCCUUUGACGGCCGAGGAGCGUGCUGCAUGGUCCAAUGAGCUCAAGCAGGUCUGCUUGUCUUCGGACGCUUUCUUUCCUUUCCGCGACAACAUUGACCAGGCUACAAAGCACGGUGUUUCAUACAUUGCGCAGCCUGGUGGCAGCACCAAUGAUCAAGCCGUGAUUGAGGCCUGCAACGAGUAUGGCAUUGCCAUGGCUUUUACACGCGUCCGCGUCUUCCAUCACUAGACGCUCCAGAUGCGCUCUCUUUCUUCUUGGCUGGCUUGGACACCGGCAGUUGUCCAAGGUGCGGCUUGUCAAACACAUUAGGAUUGUUUAAUCGUUAUCGACCCUCUUCGAUGUUGUUGCUCGGAAUGUCUGUUUUUUGUUCCUGUUCCCAGCCUUUAACGUUGGGUAAACGCUUGUUUUGAACCCUACCAUUCCCUCCGCUCAUGUCUGAUCGGACCGGGAGCACAAUUGAUGCUUGUCUAUUGC